CCCCUGCCGGUCCCGGCCCUGAACUGGACCCGAGCCCACCGCCCGAAAUCCCUGCGUCCGCCACGGCCCAGGUUAAAUGGAAACCACCCUUGGGAACUGGAUGCCAGUGUAGCUGUUCUACCAUAUCAGUGUAUUGCAAUGAGUGGGGGAGGAGAGCAACCAGAUAUCCUGAGUGUUGGAAUCCUGGUGAAAGAAAGAUGGAAAGUGUUGAGAAAGAUUGGAGGUGGGGGAUUUGGAGAAAUUUACGAUGCCUUGGACAUGCUUACCAGGGAAAAUGUUGCACUGAAGGUGGAAUCAGCUCAACAACCAAAACAAGUACUAAAAAUGGAGGUUGCUGUUUUAAAAAAACUACAAGGGAAAGACCAUGUUUGUAGAUUUAUUGGCUGUGGGAGGAAUGAUCGAUUCAACUAUGUGGUCAUGCAGUUGCAGGGUCGGAAUCUGGCAGAUCUUCGCCGUAGCCAGUCCCGGGGCACAUUUACCAUUAGCACUACUCUUCGGCUGGGUAGACAGAUUUUGGAGUCUAUUGAAAGCAUCCAUUCUGUGGGAUUCUUGCACCGAGACAUUAAACCGUCGAACUUCGCCAUGGGUCGCUUUCCUAGUACAUGUAGGAAAUGUUACAUGCUUGAUUUUGGCUUGGCUCGGCAGUUUACCAAUUCCUGUGGUGACGUCAGACCACCUCGAGCUGUGGCAGGCUUUCGAGGGACAGUUCGUUAUGCAUCAAUCAAUGCUCAUAGGAACAGGGAAAUGGGAAGACAUGAUGACCUUUGGUCCUUAUUCUACAUGUUGGUGGAGUUUGUGGUUGGUCAGCUGCCUUGGAGAAAAAUAAAAGACAAGGAGCAAGUAGGCUCUAUUAAGGAGAGGUAUGAUCAUAGGCUCAUGUUGAAACAUCUCCCUCCAGAAUUCAGCAUCUUCCUAGACCAUAUCUCCUCAUUGGAUUAUUUUACAAAACCGGACUACCAGCUUCUUACAUCCGUGUUUGACAACAGCAUUAAGACCUUUGGAGUAAGUGAAAGUGACCCUUUUGACUGGGAGAAGACUGGAACUGAUGGCUCCCUAACAACCACCACCACUUCUACCACCCCACAGUUGCACACCCGCUUGACCCCUGCUGCAAUUGGAAUUGCCAAUGCCACUCCCAUCCCAGGAGACUUGCUUCGAGAAAAUACAGAUGAGGUGUUUCCAGAUGAACAGCUUAGUGACGGGGAGAAUGGCAUCCCUGUUGGUGUGUCACCAGACAAAUUACCUGGAUCUCUGGGACACCCUCGUCCCCAGGAGAAAGAUGUAUGGGAAGAAAUGGAUGCCAACAAGAACAAGAUAAAGCUUGGAAUUUAUAAGGCUGCUACCGAAGAAGAGAACAGUCAUGGUCAAGCAAAUGGUAUUCUCAAUGCUCCAAGCCUUGGUUCACCAAUUCGUGUCCGCUCAGAGAUUACUCAACCAGACAGAGAUGUUCCAUUGGUGCGAAAGUUACGUUCCAUUCACAGCUUUGAGCUGGAAAAACGUCUAACACUGGAGUCAAAGCCAGAUACUGACAAAUUUCUUGAGACCUGCCUGGAGAAAAUGCAGAAAGAUUCCAAUGCAGGAAAAGAAUCUGUUCUCCCUGCUCUGCUUCAUAAGCCUUGUGUUCCUGCUGUGUCCCAUACUGACCGUGUCUGGCACUAUGAUGAAGAAUAUCUUCCAGAUGCUUCCAAGCCUGCUUCUGCCAACACCCCUGAGCAGGCAGAUGGUGGUGGCAGCAAUGGUUUUAUAGCUGUUAACCUGAGUUCUUGCAAGCAAGAGAUUGAUUCCAAAGAAUGGGUGAUUGUGGACAAGGAGCAGGACCUUCAAGAUUUUAGGACAAAUGAGGCUUUAGUCCACAAAACAACUGGAAGCCCUUCUGAUGAGGAGCCUGAAGUGCUUCAAGUCCUGGAGGAAUCACCCCAAGGUGAAAAGCUUCGAUUAGGCCCUUGGGCAGAAAAUGAUCAUUUCAAGAAGGAAAUUUCAGGUGUGGUCUUAGAACUUUCUGCGGAGUGCCCUGCCACUGUUGCUUCAGAACAGUAUAUAGAUAAGCUGGAACUCCAGGCUGGAGUGGCCAGUCAGUUUAUUGCAGCAACACCCACGAGUCAGAUGGAGGCACAAGCAGAGGGACCCCUUACAGCGAUUACAAUUCCUAGACCUUCUGUGGCAUCUACACAGUCAACUUCAGGAAGCUUUCACUGUGGUCAGCUGCCAGAGAAGAAAGAUCUUCAGCCUGUGGAGCCCACUGUGGAACUCUACUCUCCAAGGGAGAAUUUCUCUGGCUUGGUUGGGACAGAAGGCGAACCUCCCAGUGGAGGAAGCAGAACAGAUCUGGGGCUUCAGAUAGAUAACAUUGUUCAUGACAUAUUACCCAAUAUUAAAGAAAGUGACAAAUCUCAAGACCUGGGAGCAAAAGACCUUCCUGACUAUAACAGACUGGUUGGAAGAGAGUUUGAGAAUCUCCCUGGGGAAAAUGAAGAAAAAAGCAUCCUUCUAGGAUCAGAUAAUGAAGAUGAGAAGUUAAGUAAAAGGCAGCAUUGUGUUGAUAUCUCCCCUCUCCCGGGAGAUUUGGUAACUGCAAAAAAGGAUCACUCAGCUACUACUGAACCUCUUGGUGUGACAAAAGCACAGAGUUUUAGUGUGGUGCCAAAUCAAGACAAAAAUCAUGAGAUAAUGAAGCUUUUGGCAGUUGGAAAUUCAGAAAUUUCUCCAAGAGUCAUUGACCCACAUGUUGAAGGACAGAUAGGCCAGAUGGUAGCAGUGCAAAAAAGUAAACUAUCUAAGGAUGAUGAUGUCAAGAGUGAAGACUUGCCAGGUCAUCAAGGAGACCUCUCUACUUUUUUACACCAAGGUGGUAAGAGAGAUAAAAUUCCCCUUAGAAAUGGAGAGCUAUUUCAUUGUGUUUCAGAGAAUGAACAUGGACCCCCAACUCGGAAGGAUGUGGUUAGGUCAUCUUUUGUAACUAGACACAGCCGAAUCCCUGUGUUAGCACAGGAGAUAGACUCAACCUUUGAAUCACCCUCUACAGUCUCUGCAAAAGAAAAGCUCCUCCAAAAGAAAGCUUAUCAGCCAGACAUAGUCAAGCUUCUAGUGGAAAAAAGGCAAUUUAAGUCUUUCCUUGGUGACCUCUCAAGUGCCUCUGAUAAAUUGCUAGAGGAAAAACUAGGUACUGUUCCAGUUCCCUUUUCUGAGGAGGAAGUCUUUACUCCCUUUUCAAGACUGGCAGUAGAUUCUCACCUGAGUAGGUCAGCUGAAGAUAGUUUUCUGUCACCCAUUACCUCCCAGUCCAGAAAGAGCAAAAUUCCAAGGCCAGUUUCAUGGGUCAACACAGAUCAAGUCAAUAGCUCAGCUUCAUCUCAGUUCUUGCCUCGACCACCACCAGGAAAGCCACCCACAAGACCUGGAGUAGAAGCCAGGUUACGCAGAUAUAAAGUCCUAGGGAGUAGUAACUCUGACUCCGACCUUUUUUCCCGCCUGGCCCAAAUUCUUCAAAAUGGAUCUCAGAAACCCCGGAGCACUACUCAGUGCAAGAGUCCAGGAUCGCCUCACAUUCCAAAAACACCACCCAAGAGUCCAGUUGUCCCUCGCAGGAGUCCCAGUGCCUCUCCUCGAAGCUCAUCAUUGCCUCGCACAUCCAGUUCCUCACCAUCUCGGUCUGGACGGCCACACCAUGACCAGAGGAGUUCAUCCCCACAUCUGGGGAGAAGCAAGUCACCUCCCAGCCACUCAGGAUCUUCCUCUUCUAGGAGGUCCUGCCAACAAGAGCAUUGCAAACCCAGCAAGAAUGGCCUGAAAGGAUCAGGCAGCCUCCACCACCACUCAGCCAGCACUAAAACUCCCCCAGGGAAGAGUAAGCCAGCCAGUAAACUCAGCAGAUAGGAGCCGGGCUGCAUCUCUAUGAAAGGUGUGAGAUCUUCCUCUUAAACCUGAUGCAUGUGUGUCCCCGUACUGUCUAUUCAAAAAAAUCAGUGUUGAUCUUCUCUUGCAAAAGAAACAUGAUCAAUUAUUUCUAAGAAGGCAUACAUGUAUGAUAAGGAAUUACCUAUGGCAAGCAACAAGCAGAUCAGGAAUCAAUGCCUUUGCAUAGGAAGGGGCAAUACAGCAAAAUCCAAGCAGGAAAAACUGAUUAAAUGAGUUCUCAUUUUUUGGCUGCAGUUAGGAUAGGAGUCAGAAUGAAAUUUUAAGGGGUUUUGCCUAAUUUUUUAAUCCUCUACUCAAAGAUUAUAUAGCAAAAAUGAAAUUUCUUGUUUGAUAUUUUCAUUCAAAACUUACAACCCUGGAGAGUCAUUACUCAGAUAUUAGAUUGUAUAAGAAGUCUGUUGCCAGGGAGCCAGUACUCAAAUAUAUUUGGUUUGUGUGUUUAUUCAGAGUAUGGAGAAUUCACACCUUUACUUUACCUCAUUCCUAGUAACCUCCCUGAAUUUCACAUUUUUUAAAGCCAUUGUUUCUUGCCUGCUCUGAUCCCUUUUCUUUUAUCUUGAAAAAUAUGUCCUAAUAGAGUUUUAAAUCUAAUUUAAAUAGAAUUUUAAAUCCUUUUUUUUAGUCCCCUAAUAAUUUUGGAGGGAGCAACAGUUUUUAAACUAGUACAUUUUUGUUGUGAAAAAUAACUGAGAAACUUACAUGAACAAAAGAAAAUUCUAAUUAGAGCUGCUUUGCAGGCUUUAGUGUUUAGGGGGAGAGGGCCAAAGUGUGGUGCAAUAUCCUUUAUAAUAGAAGAACUCUCUUCCGCCCUGGUAAGUUUCCUCCUUGUAGAAGGAAAACUAACACAGUAGUCUGUUUCCUUAAGUCUUCUAGAUACCAAUUAUUUCUAAUGUCAACUUCUAAGAUGAUACCAGGGAAGGACAGUGGUUUGCAUUGUGACUUUAGAGAUUUAGAAAGAAAAAUAUUAAGAAAUUAGGUGUAUUAUUGAGGUUUGUAAUCCUCAAACUUUGUAUUUUAUACAUUUGGUCAAUAAGGAAUGAAUAUCUGAGGAAAUAAAUUUAGCCUAAAUAUUUUUCUUUUAAUGUUUUAUUACUUCUCCUAUAGUUUAGUUCUGUAUUUGGGCUCUUGGCUUGAUUUCCAUGUCAUUUCAAUUUAUGAAACUGUACAGAGGAUCAUUGUUUUAAUCUUACUCUUCUGCUACCAGGAAUUGGGCGAAAUUAAGUAUAUCAGACUUUUUAAACAGGCUCUUUUAUACUCUCUAGGUGUUUUAUGUUGUAAAGACCUUACUAAGGUCAGAUAAAUUGUUCUGCUUACUAUUGAAAUUUGCCUUCUAGCAAACAUCUGUGCUUUCUAUUUGACCUUGUAUUUGCUGCCAAACCUAAUAUUAUUGAAUUGGAAAGCAAAAAAAUGAAAGAAAUACAUUUCCUCACCAAGUGAACAUAUUCUAUGCUGCAUCAAAGCUGCCCUGAAGCUGCACUGAACUUAUCUUGUUCUCUUUAUCUGUGUUGAGGUUUUUUAAAAAAACAAACUAAAAACACUAUAGAGGCAUAAAAGGUCUCUUAUAAGAAAUGUAGGCUAGAAUGGAAUCUUAAUUUCUCUUCAGUUGCAAACACUACAGAGGAAUGCAAUAGAUAAGACGUAUUUGCUGUUUAUCUAAAGCAACUGUAAUAU